AUGUUCGAUGGUGGACACGAGAGUAGUGACGACGGCGACGAGCACAAUGACGAGAAUGCGCUGAUCAGGCGGAAUGAUGGCAAUCAAGGAAGUUCCGAUCGAGAGUCACCUGAUGAGUUUGCGCGAGCAGGGGAGGAUGUUAAUUUGCAACUUGGAAUCCGAAAUGGCGUUAGGCAGUUCCUUCGCAUUCUAAACGCGCGAGUGAGAAACGGCAAUAAUCGAGCCAUGGAUGCAGCUAUGCGUGACUUAGACUCUUCAGAAGAGGAAUCGUUCGACGAAGAAGACGGUGCUUCUUCUGAAGGAAAUGGUAGCGCGGCAAAUCCGAAUUUCGAUGUACAAUUGCAACUUGGAAUCCGAAAUGGCGUUAGGCAGUUCCUUCGCAUUCUAAACGCGCGAGUGAGAAACGGCAAUAAUCGAGCCAUGGAUGCAGCUAUGCGUGACUUAGACUCUUCAGAAGAGGAAUCGUUCGACGAAGAAGACGGUGCUUCUUCUGAAGGAAAUGGUAGCGCGGCAAAUCCGAAUUUCGAUGUACAAGUAAGUUCAAUGUUUCAUCAAGCAUUUUGGUAA